AAAAGAAGAAGAAACGUUUUCGAAACGUUUGCAUUUUGCAUUGUGAGUGGAUCGAAUCGAAACGGAUAUUUGGUAGCCCGACACAUCGAGGAAUUCCAGCUAGCCAAGAGCCAAAGAAAAGAAAUAAGAGGAGUAGCUUCCAGAAACCCCAAGAAAAGACUCGCCGCUCUCCUCCAAGGUAGCCAUGUUCAACAACCAGGCGACGCAGCACAAGCAGUCGCAGCUGCUGAACCCCUUCUCCCAGGACGGACGCGCCUCCUCGCCCAAGCCGACCUUCUCGAAGGACCAGUACGGAAAGCCGCUGGCCGGCAGCCUCACGGAGAUGCGUGGCCAGAAGGCCAACAUCCAUGUGAUGAAGGAGAUGCUCGAGCUGUGCCAGAUCAUCAAUUCGGAGGGCUACGACGUCAAGGACGAGCCCACCAUGCGCGUGAUUCCCUUCGGCGAGCUGUUCAAUAUCUACAACUACAUAUCCGACAAGGUGGUGGGCAUCCUGCUGCGCGCCCGCAAGCACAAGCUGGUGGACUUCGAGGGCGAGAUGCUCUACCAGCGGCGGGACGACAAUGUGCCGGUCUUCCUGCUGAAGCCGAUCAAGGAGAUCCGCAGCGAGAUGGAUGCCAAGAUCGAGGACAUCAAGCGGGCGGCCAGUCCGGCGCCGCCGCAGUCCACCUCGGUGCUGAUGGACCGCAGUGCCCACGAGCAGAACCUCAAGUCGCGUACUCCCUCGCCGGCGGUGGGCAAGUCGGCCAAGGCCAAGUCGGCGUCGCCGGCACCGGUGCCCAAAUCUGCGGCUCCAGUGGUUCAGGCAGCUCCUGCACCCGUUCCCGUGGCAGAGCCUGCUCCGGCACCUGAGGCAGCACCUACUCCUGCACCGGUGGAGGCUCCAGCUCCAUCUCCAGCUCCCGUUGAGAUCAAGCCAGAGGAGCCAGCAGCGCCUGAAGCUGCGCCCGUGGCCGUGAUAGUCAGCGCAGCAGAAGCAGAACCGGAACCGGAAGCACCAGCCACCAAAGAAGAAGCAGCUGCUCCAGUUGCACCCGCACCCGCACCCACAGCUGCCGAGGAUUUGCCCACAAUUGUGAUCGAAGCCACCGCCGAGUUUGUGCGCACCGUCAGCGUGGAGCAGCUGGCGCCCAGUCCCGCAGAGGCCACCCAAUCCUCGCCAGACGAAUCCCAGCCAGAGUCCACGACCGCCUAAUGGAGCGGGAACAGAACCUGGAAUCGUUUGAAAGCAACUCGCGCAACUACUAAAGCGGCAGCUUUAAAUUGCAGUAGUUUAGUUUACGGCGUACUUAGUUUAAUUUACAAUUAGAGCAACACACACUGAAGACAGAAACAGAAACAGAAACGAGAGAGCGACUAUUUAUUUAUUAUUAUUAUAUAUGUAUAUCAUUAACGGACGACCAAAGGAGCCAGUUUCCUCAAUUUUUUAAUCAUUACUCUAUGGGAAUUAACUAAAGUUUUCCACUCGCUAAAGUUGGGAAAGUGCAAGGCGAUAUAAUAUUAAUAAAAUAAAUACACGUACUUAGACACAGUAUAACAAA